ACUAAAGGGAGCUAUUGGUGGCCUAAAAUCAAAGUUUGGACUAAUUGAGAACGAGAAGGACAAUGUUGAAGUAGCAGUCGAAGAGGCAAAAGCUGCAUGCACAGAUGGCGAUAGUGAAUCCUGCGAGAAGGCUUCAGCACGUGAUGUCAUUUGGUCAGAAGAGGAGCAUUACUACAAGAAAUUGGCUUACGAGCAGCUGCCAAGGUUCACUUUGAGAGACGAUGCAACGCUUCGACUUUUUGAUUGGGAUCCGCCAUCGAUGAAAGCUGCAAAUGAUGACCCUAUGGCAAAGGCGAAAAUCGAAAAACCGAAGGGUGUUGUUCAAGUCUAUAAGAAGAGAGAAUCCGUUGCAGCAAAUAAUGAAGAUGAACCAUGCUUGCAAUUUUCUAAGCACAUGGACAUACUCAAGGGCAUUUCGGAUGGCAUGACUGCACUUGUCAGUUCUCAGAAAAGACAAAAUCAACGAUUCAAAGAAUUUGUUAAAUCAAAACGGAACAGGAUCAACCGUAUUGCUGUGGCGCUUAAAUCUCAGUGUCUCUACUAUGGCUGCAACAAGGAACAGUUGGGUGAUGCGAUGUUCUAUGUUAACAAGGCACGAAAAGAGAUGAACAAAUGGGAAAGGAAUGUGCGGUCACAGUUGAAGAACCAAGACAGUCUUUCAUUCAGCACAUGGAAGAAACAGCUAGAUGCCAACAUUUUACAUUCGAAGGGGCAUAAGCUUGCCAAAUAUGUUGCAAAUGUGACGUCAUCUAGUGAAGAGAUCGAGGCUAGAAUGGGCAUUGCAGAAAACGAUAGCAAAAUGCAGAUUCUGCGUGAUUUUGGCAAGGGCUUUGCUGACCUCAUGGACAACGAAGGGUCUUUGUCAUCAUCAGCUCCCGUUAUUUCAAGCCUAGCUUCAAAACUUGCUGAAAUUCAGUCCAGCAGCCAGGCAUGUGCUCAAAAGCGAUAGGAGACAAGGACCAGAGCAGAAACACAAGACGUGACAUUAAGACUCAAAAUAUCAUAUUAACAACAAAUACUUAUGCUUGUUGUUGGUCUUUAUGAUCACCCAAAAUAUAAUCUUAUAGAUUGCAAAGGCACUUCUUGUGCCACCAUAUCUGACAUGUUAGUUAUCACUGUCUAUACAUAUUUUCAGAGAGAAUUAUCAUAAAUGAUAA